AUGGACGGCGACGGCGCGUACGAGCCGGGCUUCGUGGGGAUCCGGUUCUGCCAGGAAUGGAACUGUGAUUACCAGCAGGAGGCCGACAACAGCUGCAUCUACGUCAACAAGAUCACACACGAAGUGGAGGAUGCCAUGAGGCUUUACUACGUGUGCACGGCCCCGCACUGCGGCCACCGCUGGACUGAGUGA